AUGGCUUUGGGGCUCGUCGGCGACAUCGCGGGGGCCCCCGCCCCAAAUUUGCUCCUCUCUGCCGGGCGUGGGGCCCCACCGGCGCACCUCCCCCCGCAGCACCCCCACUCACCCAGCGACAGACCAGGGCACCGCAUCCGUCUCGCUAUCCGCACUGCACCGUCAGAGGUGCACCUGCGUUCCUGCAAACGCGCCCCCCGCUGCCCUCGGGCGUCUCUCCCGCGGUCCUCCAAACACCGCCUGCAGACCAGCUCUCUCGGCUGGUCUCCUAUUGGCUCCGUCGUGCCCUCCCCCAACGCCGUCACGCAACGCGGAAGCAUGCGAAUGCUCGUGCCGCGUGGGCCGUCCCAAAAAGGACCCUAG